ACAGCAGGGAGAUUUCUCUCUCCUUAGGUGCACAUAAUCAAGGAAUGUCUCUCUUUUUCGUUGUUUUUCAUGGAACACCCGGGAGUCGCGGGACGCGGGGGACCCUUUCGGUGCCCUUUGGACACUUGCGUCAUCAUUGUCAUCAAAUCAAAGAAGAAGGCCUUUAGACACUAACGAUAGUUGUGAAUGGUUGUUUCUUUUCGUAUCACCAGGGUGAUACGAAAGGAAGGUGACGGAUAACGUUUUUUUCUGCAUCUCUCACACCAGCUAAGACCGAUAAGAUCCGGACAUUAUGAGGGCAAUAUAUCUUUUAGCCCUUAUCGCCGUCAUUGCGAUACUCCCUGAGAGCGGAGUAUAUGCACGCAAGCCCUCCAGGCAGACGGAUGAUCAGAAUGUCAAAAGUGAGAAAGCGGCGUCAUCCAUAAACGAGUCGCAUCCACUUCCAAGUCGGAAAUGGAUUUCAGCCUGGGGGAUCAUCGCGCUAAUCAUAGGCAUCAUCGUACUCAGUACGAUCACUUACUACGCUUUCCUACUGUACCCAUAUUUAUGCAAGAAAGAGGCGGCCUACGACAUCAUAGAGUUAACGGAAGUUAAUUCUGUGUGCACUGUUAGCGAUAAUGUUAACAACGUGCCGCACAUGAGAGUAUAUUGCGACUCGAACGACUCAAACAACGUAUCAAAUGACGCAUCGUUGAAUCAAUGAGAGUAAGCCUAAAAUGAUAAA